GAGGCUUCUUUGGUAGUCGUGCCUCUCGAGGCUGUUCCUCUCCUCUCACGGAUCCUCCCUCCCCGCCGCUCAACGCCGACGAUCUGUCCACCGUCGCCGUCUCUCCGUAAUCCUUCGUGAGAUGUGAUAUAUACUGUGGGAUGGUGAAGCACAUAGUUAUUAUAGUUGCGGGGUGGCAAUCUUAAUCGUGGAAGGAGAUAGAUGUUCCGUAAGAACGACUCGGCCCUAUCCUGCUUCUAUCUCUACCUGCUCUGGCUAUUCUUCCUGAAAUAGCAAGGAAUCCAAACCCUAAGCUUGGGAGAGUGUGCGAAUACGGAUCUGAUCGUGAAAGGUUGUCUUUCUCAAAAUGUUCGACCUCAACCUGGCGUCUUCCGGCGAGUCGACGGCUCUCGAAGAUAAGCUUGUCCCCGAGAGUUCUGGCGCCAGGCAGAUGGACGACUCCGGGAUUACGAAUUCGUCUGUCCUCAACACUGAGGGUUCUGUGGAUAUGGCCGAUGAAGAUUCUUGCUCGACCCUUCCUGCGAUGGCCUUCGAAUUCGGUAUCUUGAAAUGCUCUACCUCGGCAGAGGGAGAGAAUGAAGCCGAAGAGGGGAUUGGAGGGCAUGCGAGUGGUGUCCUGGAACAACCUGGACUCAUCACCAGGCAGCUCUUUCCGUCGGCAACGAUGCUGAUUCCGGACGGUUUCCAACUGCCGGUGGUGGCUUCGUCCCCGUCUUCAUCGAGGCUGCCUUGGAUGAAUCUUACGUUUUGCCAAACUGAUUCACAAUCAGAAUUGAGAAUUCUGCAGCAACAGCAGCAAAAGCAGGUGAAAAAGAGUCGCAGGGGGCCACGGUCCCGCAGCUCUCAGUACCGGGGAGUUACGUUCUACCGCAGGACAGGAAGAUGGGAGUCUCACAUCUGGGAUUGCGGGAAGCAAGUGUAUUUGGGAGGUUUUGACACUGCUCAUGCUGCCGCAAGGGCAUAUGACCGAGCUGCAAUCAAGUUUCGUGGUGUGGAUGCUGAUAUCAAUUUCAAUCUCAGCGACUAUGAGGAAGAUCUGAAACAGAUGAGGAAUCUAUCAAAAGAAGAAUUUGUGCAUAUACUUCGUCGCCAGAGUACUGGUUUUUCAAGAGGAAGCUCAAAAUACAGAGGAGUGACCCUUCACAAGUGUGGUCGCUGGGAAGCCCGCAUGGGGCAGUUCCUUGGCAAGAAGUACAUAUAUCUUGGGUUAUUCGACAGCGAAAUAGAAGCUGCAAGGGCUUAUGACAAGGCAGCAAUAAAGUAUAAUGGAAGGGAUGCUGUUACCAAUUUUGAGCCAAGUACCUAUGAAGGAGAACUACUUUUUGAGGGUGAUACUGAAGGUCAUGAUGUGGAUCUGAGUUUGAGGAUUUCUCAAUCUGUCGUCCAAGGUCCAAAGGGAUAUCAAAAUUCAUCAAAUAGCCAGUUUGAAGCUUCUGAUUGCAACAUAGCAAAGGAGAACGAGAGUGAGAAGAGGACCGCGGUUGGCUUGCAAGCUCUCCCAAUCUGGAAUUGGCCGACAAAUGGACAUUGUCCAUUUCCACUGUUCUCUUCUGCAGCAUCAUCAGGAUUCUCACCUACCACAGUGACAGCUGCUCUUCCUCCCCUGAAGCCACCACCUCCAACAACCCAUCAUGUUCAUUUCUCUCCCCGAGCUACAUCAAAUUACCGUUUCAUGAAUCCAAAUCAGUAACACUCCAACGAGGUGCCAAAAUGUUACACACAUGAACCAUCUUUAGGGCAGGGCAGGUCCCGGGGGGGGGGGGGGGGGGGCGGUAGCCAGUCGCAAAGAAGUAAUACUUGGUGAACCAUCGUGUGGUCUACCCCUGUAUCAUUUUAUCGUGUUCUUCAGGUUCUUUCCUCUUCACCGCGGAGCUAGAACAGUCGAACUUUAUUCUGGGCUUUCGGUCAUCCCUUCGUCUACAUGUACUGUUCAUGAUCCGCACUAGUAAGUUCUUCUGAAACCGUGAAAUGUGGUUCAAAAUCAUUUUGAC